AGAAAGAGAAAGAGAAUGGCGCGCAGGGUGGUUGCACAAGAAUGGUGGAUGCUGAGGGCCGGCGGGGGCGGAUUCGGCCGGGGGUGCGCGCCGAAGAGAGCGCGCCGCUCGCUCUCCUCAGGACUCCUCGCGGGAGAGUCAGUGCGCGGCGAGGCGCGCCAGCUGCCGCACGUCAUGAUUCUACCCCAGAAUAAUCUGACAGACGGGGAAGAAGAUCUGCCUGAAGACGCUUUCUCGCUGCUGUCGGUGCUCCUAGUUGGAUUCCUUCUCGUGAUCCUGAUAUUUUUCUCCGUUGCUGGCAACGUCCUGGUCUGCGUGGCUAUUUAUACCGAUCGCGGACUACGGAGGAUCGGUAAUCUCUUCCUGGCCUCCCUGGCCGUCGCCGACCUCUUCGUCGGUGGGCUGGUGAUGACCUUUGCCGGAGUCAACGAUCUCCUUGGCUAUUGGAUCUUCGGACUAUGGUUCUGUGACAUCUGGAUCGCCUUCGAUGUUAUGUGCAGCACUGCCUCUAUCCUGAAUCUAUGCGCCAUUUCGCUCGACCGUUACAUACACAUCAAAGAUCCCCUCAGGUAUGGCCGGUGGGUGACGAGAAGAGUUGCCAUUGGUGGCAUCGCCGUUGUGUGGCUUCUAGCAGGACUCAUAUCUUUCGUACCGAUCAGUCUGGAUCUUCAUAGGAAUGAAGAUCAAGCCAAGAUCUAUAAUGAUGGAGUAGAGGAGCACCCUACGUGUGCCCUAGACAUUACACCCACUUACGCGGUGGUGUCUUCUUGCAUAUCUUUCUACGUACCCUGCAUCGUGAUGUUGGGUAUUUAUUGCAGGCUCUAUUGCUACGCGCAGAAACACGUGAAAAGUAUCCGGGCGGUGACGAAGCUGCCGGACACCUCUAUGGCCAAGAGUUUUCGCUCGAAGAGCAGUCGCUCCAAGCCACCGAAGCCGCAGACGAAGACGAAGCCAACCAGCCCUUACCACGUCUCCGAUCACAAAGCCGCGAUCACCGUCGGCGUAAUCAUGGGCGUAUUCCUGGUGUGCUGGGUGCCCUUCUUCUGCGUCAACAUCGUCGCAGCCUACUGCAAGACCUGCAUAUCUCUCCGAGCGUUCCAGGUCCUCACGUGGCUCGGCUACAGUAACUCGGCCUUCAACCCGAUAAUCUACAGCAUCUUCAACACUGAGUUCCGGGAGGCGUUUAAGAGGAUCCUCACGAAAGGGGCGCGCGCGCGUGGCAACCAGCCGUCGACCAGCGAGUGCGGCGAAUUUCGCUCCGUGGUGGUGCAGAAGCGCAAUGGUUCCAUGGUCGAGUGCAACAUCAGUCCGAGAUCGAGCGCGGACAGUUGUCAGGUCGGCGCGAUGGCUCAACGACAUCGCGACACCAUCGUCAGCGCCAUAUAAAUGUCAACGAGCGUCCGAAUCCUCGAUCACCGCAAACAACUUUUUUCCUGGGAUCUCACUCACCGCUUGCCUUCGUCGCGGUCGUAUCAUCCUUAUCACUGGCCAUCUAGUCAAAGAAUUUGCGAUACUAAAUCAACAAACGACGGUAUUGUUCGGCAGAGAAAUAGUACGUGGCGAACGUCAAUUCAAAUAUCUAUGUUACAUUCGAGAUUUCUUAUUGUGCCGUUUCUUAUCUCCUCUGCAAUUAAGCGCAUCGCAUGACAUAUCAAUUGUGAAACGGUUUUAUUUCGACAUUUUACGACUUUGCACCCUUGGUUUGUUAUUUCAAUUCGUUCGAACCCACAAAGAGGGAGAUUAACAUGAAUCACGACUUGUGAUACGUAACAAACGUGAUCGACAACAAAUUUCAUCGCAUCAUAUGUAAAAUCUGCAUAUAAUAUUGCUUGUAUCGGCGAAAGCAGGCAGAGUUUCUAUCGUAUGCUAAAGUGCAUCUAGCUGGACUUUAUCAGCAUCCGCAGAAAAUUAUAAACAGAGAAUUAUAAAAGCCCCUUUGCUUCAAGAAAGACUUGCGACUGCAAUUACGGCAAUAUUGUCUCGCUGUACAGCCGCUCAUAUAAUAUAAAUGUAACUAUGGACGCUGGUAAUACCCAAUCGUGUUACUAUGAAUCUCUCCUCCUCGAAAUGCAAUACGCGAUAGUUAACGCAGUUACACGUAAUGUCAAUGUUCUAGUUAGCUAUCUCAUCGAUACUCUCUUGGCCUGUAAAUUCCCUUAGGCCAAUGCAAAGUGACUCUUGGACUCUUGGUGGGAUUCUAGAGGAGCAAUAUCUUAAAUUGCGGGAGCAAUAAACCGAGACAUUUGCCGAAUAUCGCAGAAAAUAUUUUGUGUCUGCGCCACCACGGUCAUCGUCGCAAAUCUUACGGAUCUCAAGUGAAUAACUGACAAAAAUUUGGAGUGUUGUCUAAAAGAUCUAUCAAAAGUGCGAUUUUCUUUGCAACACAUUCGCACGAACAGUGCACACUUCCUCCAUUGCGAAGGAGUGAAAACUGGUGGUCGACCGCGACAAUUCGCGAAAAAACGUCGCAUCGAUCGCCGUUAAGACAAUCAUCGGAAUGUACUUUGAAGCAUAUCCAGAAAACAUAAUCCAAACCGAAAUCGUAGUGUCUCUUUCCUUUUUAUUGAUUUAUUUCUAUACUUUUUAAACGGUAUGACAAGGCAGGCAAAGAGUGGGAUUUAUCGAUUAAUAGAAGAAUCCGAGUGUAGCGCUUAGAAUACUAAUCUCGUCAAGCAAUCGUAACUCUCUAAUGGAGCGAUGUUGACAGCCGAUCUACGAUGUUAAAAAGCUGUUACUCGAGAUACUGAUGAUACGUUUCUAAAUAGUAACGUCUGUCAAAGUGUGUCAUGAAACAGAAACGUAACUUAAUAGCAAUAGGUCAGCGCGCGACAUGUCGCGCGUGAACUACAGAAUUCAUUUUCACCAUCUUGUAAAUAGCCAUUUAAUUAUUUUUCUAUUUGACGGGGCGCGAAGAGAGAUGAACGAGAGAUGAGAAGGAGGCGCAAGAUCUCGCGAUUUGGACGCGCUCAUCGGGUACACGCGAAAAAAAAACGGUCGUCGGGCACCCGUCGAAUCUAAACUCAAUUCUGCAUCACACAUAUCCGAGCGGAGGGAAGUAGUCGUGACGCCAGUUUGGCGCUCGCGAGGAUCCGUCGAGCUUCCUUGGUACAUCUAUAUCUACGAUACGAGGCGUAUCGCGAUCCGGUGCGAGAGGAGACGAGAGAGAAGUGAGCAUGAAACGUGUACGUUGUUGUAAACUGUAAAAACGGGAUGAUGGAACGACGUAGAACUCUCUAGCCGGCACGAUCCGUGCGCAAUGUUGAUGUAUACUACUGAUAUAUUCGAGAAUCACCGUUCUCUGUAAAUAUAUUAGCUUAAGAACUUCGA